AUGACGCGAAGAGGUAGUAGAACGUCACGCAUCGUGAUAAUAUCACAUGGAAAUCUAACAAUGAAAGCGAAACCGUACUGCAAUUAUGUCGACGAUUUGUCAUAUCCACAAGGGGUGGUACAGAACUAUAUAUGUCAGAAACAGAGUCUUAUUUUCACAGUUUCUAGUGAAAGCAUUCCGUAUGGACAUCUGUUUUUUUUUUCUUUUAUUUCUUAUCUUCUGUUACAGAUGUUGCAAGAUAAUUUAAAUAAUAUCAUAGCAGUCUUCCUAUUUUUUGCGGUCCAUGCUAAUUGUGUUCCCAAAUAUGACGACAGAGGUUUUAUACCAAGUUCGAUAACUUACAUGGAAAAAGUUGGAAAGGCACAGGAUCAAGUGGCGAUGCCAUCCCAAGCCGAAGUUCGGACUGAUACAUCAACGAAACACGGGGAGACUACGAUCAAUGAUAUCUCGGAUCGUAAUCAAGAAGCUCGAUUUGGUUUCACUAAUAUUGGAAGUUCUGGCUCUGGUUACGCUAUAUCACCGUACGCUCCAGCAAAAAUAGACUUGGGUGGACUUUUGUUAGGUGCUAUUAUAGGAGUUGGUUCCAUUCUUAUUAUUCCAAAAUUAUUAUACGUUCUGUCAGGUACCUAUGGAAAUUAUGCGAGAAGCGAAGAAAAUGGUUUUGCUCAAUCGAUGACAAAAUUAGACGACGCAUUGGCUCGUCACGGUAUAGAUACAACAUCUUGUAUGCAACGAGCCGUUUGUACUUAUUCACAGCAAGCUGCUGCAGCUAUAAGAGUAGCCGACGAGGAGAACGAAGAUGAAAAAAUAUCUUCUUUCGAUAGAAUGAUAGAUGCGAUCACUACAAAUCAAGUUUUUCGAACAGCUAUGCAAGGGACAGCGAUACAAGAGGCGGUAGAAGCAGGUCAUUCUGGUAAAAAUUGUUCGUAUUCUUAUCCUCAUUGUGGUUUCUCUUUGGAAACUAUGCUGUCACUUUUAUCAAACGUUAUAACGGCUGUCUCAACGGCGAACGCACGAGCUGCGUCGUCUACAGCAUCUUCGUUGCUAUAACUAUCUUAUCAUUAGUUAAAUAAAUAUAAUAUCUUUAUGUGUUAAACUUAUUUGUAUUUGAAACGUCGAAGAAAAAAAAAAAAAGAAACAACGUAUUUAUUUUCGCCUUCUUAAUA